AUGCACUGGUCCCUGGCCACUUUGUCCUGGCUCCUGGUCGCUUCGGCCUCGGCUAUACCUCUCGCGACGCAACACAGUCAUGGCCUCACCUCUCUGGCUCAGACGAAAAGGGCCGCCACCGAUGUUUCUCUUCCUGAAUGGAACGACGUCGAGGACGACAACGACGGCGGAGCGCACGUUCAACUGCCGAACAAUGGUUCACUAGUCGGCCGAGACAUCAAGAAAGGUUGGUACAGCCGAGAAGAGGCGGCGAUGCUUCAGAAGGAGUCUGAAGUCGACGUCAACUUCUUCAACCUCUUGGACACCCUUGACUCGCUCGGCCAGCUUCUGGACCGAAACAGAAUCCCCUGGGCCAUCGCUGGCGGCCUUGCCUUGAAGAUUCACGGACAACCCCAUCGUUACACCAGUGAUAUCGACAUCGUCGUUCAAACCACUAUGCCCAAGCUACAGACCGCGUUAAGCAAAGACAAGAAAUUCAUCGUUCCUGGGGCGGGGUGGCCGAGCGAUGCUCACCUACGGGUCUACCACAACCAAGGAAGUACAGCAAAGCCCAAGUACAUCGAGGUCGACAUGAUCAUUGCUGGGAAGCUUACCACACCCGAAAAUCUGAGGGCCAACUCGAAGGACUUCCAAAAGGAGACCAAGGCCAAGAAGCCGCUUACUAUCCACGUGAUGCGACUCGGCAAGAUCUUCAAGUCGAAGGUCUACGCUUUGGCCGCGGACCAUCGUAACAAGGACGACAAGGACAUGAAGGAUAUCAGCUGGAUUAUCGAGAAGACCCCUGGAGCACUCGUCAACGUUCAACAAGACUUGACAUACGACCUGCGGCAGCUGGUGAUCAUGCACCUCGUGCGCUUAAGAUCACCCUUGCUUAACAAGGCCAGAGAACUUCUCGGUGUCGACGCUGGCGCACGUCUCCAUUCUGUGCCACCUCCGCAGAUCGUCGGAGUGCCGCCCGAUCAACAACCGGGCUUUGUCAGCUGGCUGUUCGAUGGUACCCCUGGCCACACAGUAUGGGGCUAG